AUGUCGUCCAAGCGCAAAGUUCUUCUCAUGGGCAAAAGUGGUUCCGGCAAAACUUCGAUGCGAUCGAUCAUCUUCGCAAACUAUAUCGCCAGAGACUGCUCUCGUCUCGGACCAACUAUCGAGGUUGAACACGCUCAUGUCAAAUUUCUUGGAAACAUGGUUCUCCACUUGUGGGAUUGCGGAGGUCAGGAAUCUUUCAUGGAGAAUUUCCUCGUCUCACAAAAAGAUCAGAUUUUCAAGAACGUACAAGUGCUCAUAUACGUCUUUGACGUAGAGAGUCGCGAGUUCGAGAAAGAUCUCCGAUACUAUCAAUCGUGCCUUGAAGCACUUCUCCAAAACUCGCCAAAUGCCCAGGUCUUCUGUCUGAUUCACAAAAUGGAUUUGAUCGAAGAAGAUAAACGUGAAGAAACCUUCAAACGCCGCGAGGCCGAAGUGCUCCGAUACAGUGAGUUGGCUGCCACGCCUCUCCAGAACGAACGGCAAAAUGCUGUAUGCCAGUGCUUCAAAAGCAGCAUUUGGGAUGAGACAUUGUACAAAGCUUGGUCUGCAAUAGUUUAUCACUUGGUUCCCAAUGUCGGCACGAUGGAAGAUAAACUUAAGAAGUUUGGAGCUAUUCUGGAUGCUGAUGAAGUUAUUCUCUUCGAACGGGCCACUUUCCUCGUUAUUGCACAUGCUGUGCUUCGAGAACAUAAAGAUCCACAUCGCUUCGAGAAGGUUUCAAAUAUCAUAAAGCAAUUCAAGUUGUCAUGCACAAAGAUGGGUUCGAAACUGGAUUCAAUUCAAGUCCGCAACAGUCAGUUUUCGGCAUUCAUUGAUUCCUUCACGCAAAACACAUAUGUGAUGAUUGUGGUUCCCGACGGCAAUGCAUCAGCUCCGAUGAUCACAAUGAACGUGAAAAACGCGAGAAAGGUGUUCGAGGCGAUCGAGACAAAACCAUGA